AGCUUGAGUGUGUAUUUUGUAUUUGUAGAGUCUUUAGCAAUGACAAAGUUUUUCUCAAUUAUUCUGCAAUGAUUGAUCCUGCAUUUCAUAGCUUAAUGGAAAAGACUUUAGAGUGCUACACUACUGUUUUUCUGAGGAAGAAACGUGAAAAUUCCUAGUUAGUCUGAAGAGAUCACGCGCCAAAGAUGCUGGGAGUGGAAGAUGAGGAGGAGGACUUGGAGGACACUCACCUGUGUAUCAAAUGCAAUCGCACAAUAAUUGGCAUUGAGAGUUACGUGAAGCACCGCAAAGACAAGACUUGCGGCCGCGACAAGUCCCUCACGCUCAACAGGGUGCAGGAUGAUGCUCCCUAUGGCGACAGGAUUGGCAGCGAUGGCUUCGGGUUCAACUACCCAGGAGAGACACCGAAGGCCCAUGAGCCGACUUCCGAAGUGAAAUUCCCGACGGAGAAUCUCGAGUACAAUUACGAUUUGGGGGCAGAUUUCUUCUUCUCAUCCCUGGAAUUGCAGAGCAGCGCAAAGAGGAAUCCCGUGAAAACGCCAGAUCCUCGUGUUCUGACCAGGAAAGCCACAGCGGCGAUAAUGUCCAGCCAUCAUGAGGAUGACUGGAUCCCUGAGCAGCAUCACAGUGAGUCUGAGAAGCUGAUGAAAGCAGUUUCUGAGAUUGGAGACAUGAAGAAAGACCUGCCCAUCUUCCAUCGGGUGGACUUUCCUCAGGAGUCUGCAGAGUCCAGUUCUGAAGAGGAGGACAUUGACGACUUUGGAGCACCGCCGCGGAAUCACACAGGGGGAAAAUGGAAGCCUCCUGAUCCAGUCAUACCUGCCAGUUCGCCCUGGAGGGCAGAGACUCAUUGGGAUGAGUCAGAUUGGAACAAAAGCCACGAGACUGAAGACCCGGAAGAUGACUUCUUCUCCCCGCCUUCGAAUCACACCAAAGGCAAGUGGAUUCCCGGAUCGAAAAUCACAAAGCUGGACUACAAGAACACUUCUCUGAAGAUUGCCAAAUGGUGCUACACAUGUAACAGGAAGUUGGCGUCACAGCAAAUGUACGACAGGCACUUGAAGAGCAGUCUUCACAAGAGGAAAUCCCUGCCAGAGAUUGAACUGGGGCAGUCUUUCAUUCCCCAGCAAGCCAGGAUGAGUUUCUAUGCCCAACAAAUGGUGGACAAGUCUCAAGCGGAAGCUGAGGAGGAGGCUAAAGUGACCAAUAGGACUGCUAAGAAGAAGCCAAAGAGAUUCAGGAGGAAGAUCUAUGCGAGAUGUGAAGUUUGCCGGAUGAAUAUGCGCCAUUAUUUGCUAGGAAAGCACCUGAUAUCGCACUAUCACUACAGGAGGAUGCAUCUUGAGCCCCAGAAGUGCGUAGCCACGGUGCUAAGCAAUAUCCACCGGAUCGUCCUUCAGUCUCCCUUCCAGUGUCAACCCUGCAGAUUCUACGCCAACACCGAGGAGACGUUCAUGUCUCACUGGCAUUCUCUUGCUCAUCAAGAGAGGAUGACUAGUGUUUCUCGUCUGUACUGCAGCUUCUGCAAAUUCGAGUGCAUAGACAAUGCUUCGAUGACUCAACAUCUGAUCGGAAUGGAGCAUCAGGAAGUCAUUUGGGCCAUUAAUCGCUCAGUUCCCAUCGUCAUUCGAGAGAAGAUUGUGAUUAAAUGCGAUUCCUGCACUCGUGAAUUCCGCUUCAAUGUCGAAUUGCGUCGCCAUGCGGCUUCCUGUGAACCACUUCGGAAGGAAAACAGUGGUUCGGACGCUUAUCAAUCCAAGUUUUUCUGCUCCGAUUGCUGUCUCGUGUUCACGGCCAGGAAAUCUCUCCAGAGACAUGAUCGAGAUGUCCACUCUAAGAAUGUCUACUUUUGCUCUAUCUGCGAAGUGACUUUCGCCUCGGCGGAAGUGGCGAAAUCCCACAGAAAUACCAUCGAACACAAGCUGUGUUCUGCCAAGAAGAGGUCGAGGAAGAAUCUCACCAGAAUCUGUUCGAUUUGCAAGGCAGAGUUGGAGGACAUUCUGAAGCUGAAAGAGCACAUUUCCCAAGUGCAUCCGGAGAAGAAGUACUCCUGUUCGGGAUGCAAUGAAGUCUUCAUCCUGUCGCAAGAGCUUUCCAGGCACAAGAGAGACAAGAAGUGUGUGAAGAGGCCGAAAUUGCAGGAUGAACGUCAUGAUCUCUAUAGCAUGCUUGAGUGCAAUUUGACUGAGGAUGCUCAAGCGUUCGUCAAGGAAGACUACAUGCUGUCUCAGGUGUUGGACACUGCUGAAGUUGAGGCGGCGCAGAAGGAUCAGGAAGACGAGGAAGAAAAAGAUAACUUCAUUUGCAAAUUUUGCAACAAGGAAUUCAAGAGGAGGUUCCUCAUGGAGCAGCAUCUUCACGUCCAUCGCGCCAGAGUGGCGUGUCGCCGCUUCAUGUGCUCACAGGAGGGUUGCAACUUCACGGGCCGGAGUGCCGGAGAGGUGAGGCGGCACCUCGAGACGCACAGUGACGAGAAGAAGCAUUGCUGCCACUUCGAAGGAUGCAGCUACCAGGGGAAGACUUUGGCGCUGCUCGCGAAGCACCAGAAGAGCCAUUCGGAGAACAGGAAGGAACACAAGUGCCCUCAUUGCGCCUACAAAACCUACAAUUCUUCACACUUGAACCGCCACAAGCGCAUUCACAGCGGCGUGAAGCCCUUCAAGUGCCCUCAUUGCACGUAUUCCAGUAAUACAUCUGAUAAUCUCAUGAAGCACAUCCUCAAAACAAAGCUGCAUCGCUCAAUCCAGGAAAAGUCUCUGAAUCCAAAUCACUUUUCUUACUCUGAUUGGUGUUGGUGCAUUCCAGAAAUGGCUCAGUUUUCAGAGUCAUUCGAGUUGAGCUUGGAAACUCUGCAGAAGCUGGAGAAUUUACCUGUUAUAGUGGCUCGAUCACAAGGACGCCGCCUGACGCGGGCAAAAACUCAAAACCUCCCCGCAGAGCCUCCCCAGACGGUACCAGGGAGUGUGACUUCUGAUGAGGAGAUUGUGGAGGCAUCACCCAAUAACAGCUUGCAUCAGCGCAAGUCUAUCCGGAAGCACAAGUCGGAUAGUUUGCUGGAGAAGAAGAGCAAAGUCUGCAAUCUCGAUGUCACUACGCUGGAACACAUGUUUGAGAUUGUGGAUGAGGAGGAAGCACUGGAGAAUCCCAUUUCAAGUCAGGAUAUUCUGAACUUGGAUCUGAGUGACUGGGAGAUGUCACAAGCUUGUCAGCCAAUUCAGGAAGCGCAGGAGGAAGUCUUCAAUGUGGACAAUGUGACUUUUGUGGCAAAACCGACAACAGAUCAGGAGUUGAAGGCUUGCCGGAGGGAAGCUUCUCAGAUGAUGAAGGAUUUUCACGAGGAAGAAGAGAGUUUUGCUCAAUUCUCACAAUUUCCCAGCCGAAGGGAAGAGCGAUCGAUCCUGGAAACAUCUAGCAAACCAUUGCGAACUCCCAAGGCUGCGCAGGCGAAAUACUUGUCGUCCUGGGGACUUCCACAAAGUAUUCUCAGUGCGUAUGCCAAGAAGGGGAUUACGGAGAUGUUCCAGUGGCAGGUGGAGUGUUUAUCCAACCGGCAAACACUGCUCGAGGGUGAGAAUCUCGUGUACAGUGCUCCCACUUCCGCCGGAAAGACUCUGGUCAGUGAAAUUCUCAUGAUUAAGAGUGUGCUGGAGCGUCAGCAGAAAGCCCUUCUCAUCCUCCCUUUUAUCUCUGUCGUCCGGGAAAAGAUGAUGUACCUUCGGGAACUCCUGGCGCCCGCUGGAGUGCGUGUGGAGGGCUUCUAUGGCGGAUAUUCACCGCCUGGAGGACUGGAUUCUUGUCAAGUGGCUGUGUGCACUAUUGAGAAGGCGAACAGUCUCUUCAAUCGCCUCCUCGAGACGCAGAAGACGCAGCAAGUGGGAAUAGUCGUGGUGGAUGAAAUUCACUUGAUCUCUGAUCCAAAUCGUGGGUAUAUUUUGGAGUUGCUGCUAGCCAAGAUACUCUACAUCAGUCAGAAGAUGGACCAGAGGAUUCAAGUGGUGGGAAUGUCAGCAACACUGCCCAAUCUGGAGCUUCUCUGUCGUUGGCUCUCAGCACAGCUCUAUACGACAGAUUUUCGGCCUGUGGAACUCAAAGAAAUGAUUAAAUUAGGCACGAAAAUUUACUCCAAUCGCCUAGAAGAGAUUCGAACGCUGGAUAUUAAUGAGUUCUCGAAGAUUUGUAGUCUUCGGGAUCAAGAUCAAGUGGCUCAACUGGUGAUUGAGACGGUCAGCGAAGGCUGUGGUGUGAUUAUCUUCUGUCCAUCCAAGGAUUGGUGCGAGAAACUUUGUCUCACACUUGCCGAAGUGAUUUUUACAGUGAGAAAGGCUGGGAAAUUGCGUAAUGUUAUCCACCGUGAGAAGACUGAUGCACUCAGGGAGGAACUACGGAACUCCCCAACGGGAUUGGAUGAGAUUCUGGCCAAGUGCAUAAACUUUGCAUGCGCAUUUCAUCACGCUGGCUUGACCACAGAAGAGCGGGAUGCCAUUGAAAGUGGUUUCCGAGCGGGAUCGUUGAAGGUUCUCGUCGCCACCAGCACACUGAGCUCAGGAGUGAAUCUGCCAGCGAGGAGAGUUAUCAUCAGGACUCCGAUGUUCGGUGGGAAGCCUAUGAAUCCCUUAACUUACCGGCAAAUGAUCGGAAGAGCGGGCAGAACAGGCAAAGAUAUUCUCGGAGAAGCGAUUCUGAUUUGUGAUGAUGCAAAUUCAAGAGCUGGGAAGGAGUUGCUGACGCGAGAAUUGACGCCAAUCUCUUCCUGCCUCGAUGCUCGACAUUCUGGGAAUCUUAGAAGGGCUCUUCUUGAGAUUGUAGCCUCUGGAAUGGCGAGCUCUCUGCAAGAUGUUCAGCUAUUCUUCUCUUGCACGAUGCUCUGGGUAGAAAAAGGAGAUCUUCCAACUACUGCCUCAUACUCAGAUGAGGAAGAUCAGCAGAAUGAUGACUCUGUGAGAGAUAGCGUGGCCUUUCUUCUCAAGUAUGAGUUCCUAAGGCAGCAAGAAGACCUUCUUGUAUCCACAAGAUUAGGUCACGCAUGCCUGGCCUCAUCAAUCUCUCCAGCUGACGGCUUCCUGCUCUUCUCAGAACUCCAGAAAUCCCGCCAGUGCUUCGUUCUGGAAUCUGAGCUCCACGCUAUUUACCUCGUCACUCCGUUCACAGUCUGUCAGCAACUCCCAGAGCUGGAUUGGUUGCACUUCCUGGACUUGUGGGAACGCUUGCCGGCCGCCUCAAGACGCGUUGGGGAACUCAUAGGCGUGCGAGAUGCUUUUCUGGUGCGCGCCAUGAGAACGAAAUCUGUGGAUGCGAAGCAGCUGCAGAUCCACAAGAGAUUCUACACCGCCCUGGCACUUCAAGAACUAAUCAGUGAAAUUCCCAUGGCUUCUGUAGCAGCGAAAUUCAAGUGUCCUCGUGGACUUUUGCAGAGUCUACAGCAAAUGACUGCAUCCUUCGCCGCUAUUGUGGGAUCUUUUUGUCAGUCACUGAAUUGGCAACUUCUAGCCAUGAUUGUGGCACAGUUCCGAGAGAGGCUCUUCUUUGGCAUUCAGCGAGACUUGGUGGAUCUCAUGAGAGUGCCGAGUUUGAACGCUCAACGCGCGAGAGCACUUUUCUCAGCUGGCAUUGAUAACAUUUUGACUCUGGCGACGACGGAUUCUAUAAAAAUCUCAAAAAUUUUGCUGGAUUGCGUAUCUUUUGACAUGGAAGCCCAGCGAGAUGGGGAAAAUGAUCACGAUGCUAGAGAGAGAAUCAAUCUGAGGAAGUUUCACAUUACUGGAAGGCGAGAUUUGACCAUUGAUGAAGCGGCAAGAGUGAUCAGAAGUGAUGCAAGACAGAUAAUAGAGCAGGAAAAUGGAACAAAAAAUUGGGAAGAUGAGGAGAUCUCUAAGAUCAACUCCAGUUUGGAUGAAAUUCCAGCUUCUCAGUCGCCAAAGAGACUUAAAAAAACACAUUUAACGAGAUUUCUUCGGUCCAACAAACUCUCUUACGUUACCAGAGAUGAAAAGACUUUCAAGGAAUUUUCCCGGAAAGUCCUGAGGUGUCCAGAAGUAUCCGUGGCUGUUAUUCUAGAGCAGAACAAACAGAGGAGGGCGAACAUUGGCGUUAAACUGUUCAAUGAAACAGGAAACUUCGAGGAAUCCGUCCACGAAGACUUCAGAGUUGAUGAGGACACAAUUCUUAAAGCACUGGCCAUAACUCACGAUGGAAUGGAAGUGAAUAUUGUGAAUUUCGAGCAGGAAGCUACUAAACUCACAAUUGCUAGACUCUUCAAUCGACAAGACGUUCUGAUUCACAUGUGGGAAGCUAAAGACAAGCUUAAGAUUCUGGCUAAAGUUAUUCCUGAAAUUCUCAACACUCGGGCUGCUUUCCAAGAUCCUCAAAUCGCCAAUUGGCUUCUACAGCCCGAUGAAGCUUCUACAAGCCUUCACAGGAUUGUUAUGCUUCAUCGCCCGGAUUUGGAAGCGCUCUUGACUCCACCAGAAUCGACUAAACAUCCAGCGGCUGUACUUCAAGGUGCUUCAGAAAGCGCUAUUGUAUUUAAUUUGCGCGGAAUCUCUGCAAAACUCGUGACUGUUGGCAAUGGGAAACUCCUUAAAGUCUUUCGGGAAUUGGAAAUGCCCAUCCAGUUGUCUCUCUUCCGAAUGGAAACUGUUGGAUUUCCAGUAAACACCCCUGAAAUGGAUGCCUUCGUGGCUGAAUGUGAAGCUCUUAUGUCGGAACUCGAGAAGAAGAUUUUUACUCUGCACGGGAAGAGAUUCAACCUCUCCUCUGCACGAGCUGUGGCCAGUGUCUUGGGCAUUCCCAGGGAGAAAGGCAAGAUCUCAACUGCCAGGAGUGCUCUUGAGAAGCUGGGAACUCCUUUGUCCAGGCUAAUUAUUCAGCAUCGCACGCUAACAGCCGUCUUCACGAAAACCAUUCAACCACUAGCCAGGAGCGUUCGGAAGGACAGGAUUCACGGUGCCAGCUUCUCGCUGACUCAGACAGGAAGGAUUACAAUGCAUGAACCCAAUCUCCAGACAGUAGCCAAGGAUCUCGAGUUGGAUUUCGCUGAGGAAGGCGCUAAAAUCCUAUCUUGCCGGAAGAUUUUCGCUCCAAAGCGUAGUAAAUGGCUGGUAUCUGCGGACUUUUGCCAAUUGGAACUCAGAAUUCUCAUUCACUUCUCUCAGGAUCCAACGCUGAUCCAAGUCAUCAAGUCCGAUUGUGAUGUCUUCCGCGCUGUGGCGGCUCGCUGGAAUGGUGUUCCUGAGUCCAGAAUCACCACAACGAUGCGCCACGAUGCCAAGCAGAUUUGCUAUGGGAUAAUCUAUGGAAUGGGUGUCCGGAGUCUAUCUGAAACCCUGAAAACCGAUGAAGCGACCGCUAGAGAACGCAUUGAGGGCUUCUAUCGCGUCUACCCAGCAAUCCGCACGUUUAGUGACAAAGUUCUCAAAGAAGCACGUCUCAAAGGCUUCGUGGAGACACUCUCAGGCAGGAGGCGUUUCCUGGAGCACAUCACAAGCCAAGAUUCCGCGCUGAGAGCUCAGGCUGAGCGACAAGCUCUGAAUAGUAUGAUUCAAGGUUCCGCAGCCGAUGUGGCCAAGAAAGCUCUUCUCGAGGUGCAGAGAAAGGCACCAAACGUAGAUUUCAUUCUUCACAUGCACGAUGAACUCAUCUUCGAGUCUCCCCGGAAUCUCAUUCCCCAAUUCGUGAAAUCCCUGCGCGAAGGAAUGGAAAACUGCAUGAAAUUGAGUGUUCCUCUCAGAGUGAAGCCCGAUGAAGUGCCUUGUAGAAUGUCUUCGCGUCCGAUCGGCCUGAGAUUCUCACCGUUUGCAUCGUCAGUGGCGUCGAGCGUGGCCGUGGGAGUGGCGAAAAGUAUGCCCAGUGGCCACACGAGGGGAAGACAACAACAGAGCAAGACAAGCAGCCUGUCCGGGAGUGAGACGGACAUCUCCACGUCCACGGAGAAUCUGUCGAUGGAGGAGCGCUACGUCCUUCGUCACACGGCCCGCGUUGAGCCGCAGGGCCAGGAGAAUAUGCUGGAGAAUGUGCCUGUGGUGGCCAGCGAGGGGGCGCGAUUCGCCUCCAGUGCCUCCAUGGACUCCACGCGCUAUCCGUCCAGUAAUCGCAGCAUCUCGGAAACCCGCAAUCCGAUCUACGUGCAGCAAGCGGGACCACAGCAAACUGCGCAGAGCGCAGGGAAUGGAAGUGGGAGCGGAUCCAACAGGAACUCCCUCAAACAGGAGACGAACUCGAAUCGCUCGUCAAUGGACGUGAGCACGUGUUCGUACAAUACAAUCAUCAUCCAUAAUGACGACAGCCUGUAUUCACUGAAUGGGCGUGACUUCCCCAGUCCGCCGCCGUCAAUCAUUAAGAAAGACCGGCCGCGCUCAUACGGUGAGCAGGGAAUUCAGGAGAUCACGCAAAUCCCGGAUGACUACCUCAAUCAGAGCCAUGUGCUGAAGCAUCUGGCCAAGGAGAUAAAGAUCCCGGUCAAUCGACGCAGCAACACUAGGGAUUCCGGCGUAUCCGAGAACACAGACUCCAAGGAGACGCCGAAGUACGUGAAUUGGAGCGCUGAGGGCAUGGCGAAGGCCAAGAGCAAGAGCCAGCCGGACCUCACGAGACUCACUGACAUCGAUCUGGAGACGAUUGAGGCGUUAAUGAAAGAGAACUCCCUGCUUAAGCAGCAACUCAACACAUGCUACAUGAAAGUGGCCAAAACCCAGAAGCUCGAGGAAGAAGUAGCGAAUAUCUAUCGUGUUCACGAGGAGUUGGUGCAAUCGUGUGAGCGCAGAGAGAAGCUCGAAAGGGCAGCUAGAACGCGUCUUCAGACGGAUUUGCAGCGAGUGCAGGAGUUGAAUAAGGCGUUGAAGGAUCAAGUGGAUAUUUUUCAGAGUCAGUUGUUGGCUCCGUCUGAGCAUCAGAUACUAAUAGCUCAGCUUUUCACACAAAAUAAGGAAUUGACAGCAGCGAAGGAUCGACAGGAGAUCGAAUUGGCCGCGCAGAGAGCGACUCUGCAGGAGCAGAGAAAUCAUAUUGGAAUCCUCGAUACGGCGCUGACGAAUACGCAGCAGAAUAUGAGGAGAUUGGAAGAGGAGUUGAGGAAGAAGCAGACUUAUAUUGAGCGACUGGCGCAGUUGCAUCAGCAGUCAAAGCAGCAAAACGAGGAGAGGAGGAGAUAUGUGUAUGAGAAUGAAUUGAGUAAGGACUCCAAUCGCAGCGGAAGCAGCACAAAUAGUGAGUCCAAGUGGCAGAUUCAAGAGAAGGCUAACCAGAUUGCGAGAUUGGAAAAUGAACAGAGGCAGCUUGAGGAGGCGCAAUUGCGCCAGAAUGUGGCGAAAGCGAUGGAGAAGACGGCCCAAGAGACGGAUAGAAUCAUAGCUGAGGCGAAGCAGGACAAGAUGCGGUAUUUGGAGGAAGUGCACACGGCUCAGAGGCGAGUUAAUGAUCUCCAGGCGCAUCUGAAGGUGCUGGAGAGUCGUCUGGCCGAGAAGGAUGCUGUGCUGAGAGUGUUACAGGGUCCAAAAGCUUGUGCGGCGUCCUUUGACUCCUACAAUCUGUCCACGGACAGCUUCGCCAUGAGUCCGCUGAGUUACAACAGCCAGGGAUCGUUUAAUGUGUCCAAUACGUCCUUCCACACGGCUACGAAUACGUCAUCGCUUCUGGAUCCAUCGCCGUAUGGGGGUAAUUCGGCGUCUAACUUCUCGCCGACGCCGUCAAUUCACGCCGCAGCGACGGCCACUCCUUAUGGCAGCCAAACGCCCACGCCGACGUACAACCAGAGUGCGAUGAAUCUGCAGUCUAUGGGGAAUUACUCGCCCAACUCCAGCUCUAACUACAGCGCAGGGAACUUCGAUGGGGGUCACAGUUACGGACAGCCGGCGAGCACGUACGAGUCGAGCUAUGACACGAGGAAUAGCAUCGAUGACCACAUGAAGAAGCAACUGGACGAGCAACUGAGCAAGCGUGGACUUUGCUGCUUCCCGAGCCUCACGACUAAGAAGAUGAAUAUUCAACCUCUCCUCUCUGAUGAGGUGUCUGUUCUAUCCACUAACAACAGCGACGCCUUCCUUCAGAAACUUGCUCACAUUGACCAGCGCGAGCGAGAGCGCCAGGAGAAGCAGCAGGAAGUGGCGAAAAAUGAGGAAAUAGUGCUGCUGGAGAAGCAAGGUCGAUGUUCUCAGAAAAUGAGGAACAACACCAUGGGAAACCUAGUUCAGGUGUCGCAAAGCGUAGGCCAGAAUAUGACGGACAUCAGCAAUAUUGGUGUCUCUUCAGCUUCAAAGGUCCCCAAACUUGUCACGAAUCUGACGCAGAACAUCCUGCCUCCGAGGAAAGAGCGCGGAUCAUCACUUCCGCCCACUGCGAGUGCUCUGCCUCGGCCUCCGAGGGGGCUUAAGCCUCCGCGGAAAAUUGAAUAUGAUCGCUUGAGCGAUUCUGAACUCAAGAAACGAUCUCAGACUCCACCGAAACUCGCCCAGCGGGCCUAUGACCUCAAGACGGCGAGUCUCAAGCGCGGAGACUUCUGCCAACGUCGGGAAUUCUCGCCCGGGAAAACCUACAUCGAAAUGAAAGAGGCCAUGGCUUUCAAACACAAGGACUACGGUUCUAUCCCAAGACCCACUUAUUCGAAACCUGAUUUCACUUCCACCAGAAACUAUCAGCGCCUGGAAGAGUCCUCCCCGCACAAAGCCAGUCCCAAGCGCUCCCUUUUGCCGGCAGUGACUAGGAAGCCUACUCCUGUCGCCAAGAGUUCAAGAGACUCCCUGAAUUCUGCCUCCAGUGGUUCUAACAACUCCAAUCACUCAGCCACAAACUCCCGCUCUAGUCCUGUUCAUGCAGAGCCGGCCUAUCAUCUUCACUUCCACGCUAAGACCCCUCCCAAGUACGUCCCUCUCGGGGCUAGACCACUGGCGCCUCCAGUGAAGCCUCCGCCGCCUCUGCUCCACCACGCAGCGCCUCCAGCAGCCUCCUUGCCGCCGAAACCUGCCGAGAGGCGGGCCGGAAGUGUGACACGGGGUGAGAAUCGCUACAGGAUUCAGUUCUGAACUGCCUAGCUUUGUAUUUUUCUAUUGCCAAGGAAUUAAAUAUGAAGCAAUGGAUUCUGGAGUGUUUUUAUGAAGAUUAUUCAGAGCUGGAAACACUGAAUCAUGGCAGAA